CCGUCGUCCGUCGCCCGGACUGCCCAGUCGACUGCCAGUCCUGGUCGGGGACUGGGCACAUCGGAAGGGCACAUCGGAAACAUGUGGCUCAAGGUGGUGGCAGCGUGCCUGGUGUUGUGGUAUGUGCUGAAGAGAUUUCUUGAAUACCGUAAAAAUCUUCCACCAGGUCCGUUCAACAUCCCGCUGCUGGGCAGCUGGGAGUUCCUCCGACUAUGGUGGACCGGCGGAUCCCUCACCGAGAUGUACGCCCGGCUCGGCGACAAGUACGGACCCGUAAUCUUCAUGCGCCACGUGCUUGACACGCCAAUCGUCACCAUUCGACAGUAUGAUGCUCUGAAGGAAUCUGGCAAAGAUAUUCGCCUGAACGGAAGCACAGUACCAUACUUCUUCCGUCUCAUGAGCGACUUCAACAACCGUGGCAUGAGCUUCUCAGACGGGCCCAAGUGGCAUCAGAACAAGAAGUUUGCCAUAGCCACUCUAGGAAAGCUGGGCUUCAACAAGCAGCGCGUCAUGACGAUGGCCACCAACGACUGCUCCAGCGCAGUCGACAAGCUGCUCAUGAAGAAGGGCCAGCCGGUAAACAUCGAACACGAGCUCUUCGGUGCCAUCACCAACGUGGUCAUGCAGGUGCUCAUGAGCCGACAGUUUGAUAUCGACGAUCCAGUUUUCAAACAACUGCGGGAGGACGGGGUUACGUUGUUCGGCAUCGCGGCGAAGCUGAAGAGCCCCUACGACUUCGCGCCCUGGCUGGCGUACGUGGCAGGCGAGAACUCCGACGCCCGCAGGCUAAGACGGGUCAUGGAUCGUUUCGCCGCGUUCUGUAAUCAGGUAAUUGAAGAGCACGAGGCUACUAUCUGUCCUGAAGAGCCCAGGGACUACGUUGAUGCCUAUCUGGCUGCUAUGGCGACUGGCAAGGUCAGCCACAUGUCCAAGGAGGACUUGCGAGUUGGGCUCAAGGACAUGAUCGUGGGAGGAAUGGAGGGACCCUCGGUCAUUCUGGGUUGGCUUCUGCUGCUGACUGCCGAGCAUCAGGAGAUCCAGGCCCGCAUGGUCGCCGAGAUUGAAGAAGUUAUUGGUUUUGAUCGUUCUGCUGUUCUGGAAGACGAGUCACGCUGCCCGUAUGUCCGCGCUGUGAUCGUGGAGACAAUGCGGUACGUGGCACUGACGCCGUUUCAUCGACACUCGGUCCCGCACGGAGCAACCACCUUCCGUGGCUACUACAUCCCGAACGGCAGCAUCAUACUCGAGGACGUCCACUCGUGCAACCACGAUCCGGCUGUGUUCGGCGACCCGGAGACGUUCCGACCCGAGCGCUUCCUCGGAGAGCGCGGCGAGCAGCUGAGGAAGCACGAGGCCACCUUCGGCUUCGGUCCUCGCCAGUGUCCGGCCAUCGCCUACAGCUACACGGUGCUCUUCAUAUUCCUGGUCGGCCUGCUGCAGCGGCUCAAGUUGGUGCUUCCCGAAGGCGCCGAGCCGCAGUCUAACCGAGGCGCCUACAACGUCGGUGUUCGUCCCAGCCAGCCGCUUCUGAUAGCACUUCCGCGCUAAGCUGUCAGUCUCUGCUGGUUGUCAGCGUUGGCAGCCAAUCCCCAAUGAAAGAGCCCCCGCACUUGAGCUGUCACUCCCUAGUGGUGUCCCUGUUAAUGGCGAUGUUCAUAGGGUUCCAUAGAACAUAGCGCUCCAGCUAUGAAGCUACCCGGGAUGACGUCCACAGGCAAACCAGAUAUAUCCACGCAUUUCGUGGAGAGAAAAGUGAUGAUCUUUGAUGAUCGUCUGAUCAAAGUGUCAACUCAAUGACGCUAUCAAGUAAUAGGUACUACGAUUGAAUUCGGCAUAAGGGAUUUCGAGAAGGAUUGCUAUGUGACUUUGUAACUUCGCUAGCGUUUUGUAAGUAAGCCAACUGAAAUGGUCAUGCGAGAAAAAAAGCGCGCUUACAUUUCAGGACGCGUGUAACAUUAGCGCCACCGAAGCGUCCCAGAGCGAGGGCCACGACAACGCUGAUGGUUGUGUGAGCUGUCUCGCCUGACGGCUCCGCCUCCGCACGGGAGCGGCAGUGUGAUUGUGCAUACGCUGAUUGGCUGUCGCUGUGCCUGUGCGUACGCUGAUUGGCUGUCGCUUGGCACAUACUAGGAGCGGGUCGCCGAGAUAGGCGCUGUGCUGGCAACUAGUAUGGCUGAACAAGUGUUUGUUGCUAGAAUACAUACAGAGGCCGUGGA